CUUCAAUUCAUACUUUUAUGUAAAUGUCUACUGUACAGAUUUUCUGCAGGAGUCAGCACAGCCGUCGCGUGGCGAAACUGUGCGGGCACUUUCUGGUGGAUGAGGGUACGUGGCAAUAUCACCCGUCUUAGCCGCUGGCAAAAAGUCCGAAAGGUAGCAACUCGACAAACCUUGUGGACCAUGCUUUAUCAAUUUAAACGACAAAAUGUCCAUUUUACAGUAUCGUAGCAGAGAUCGCCCCAUCGCGGCUGAGGCACAUGUUAGAAUGUAAAAACUAUAAAUUGGGGCAGUCACAUCGAUGGGUACAUUCAGCGCUAGUCGUACACACCAAAGGUUUGGUGUCAUGUCCAGCUUAUUGAGUAACUUGAGAGCACAAAAGUCUUUAAUUUGUGCUCUCAAUAAGUUUGGGCAAUUAUACUGUGUGAUUGGCUAUUCUAGCCGCACUAUCGAUUCUUGUAUCAUUGUCAUUUCAGCGCGCGUUCAUGUUUUUCAUCUGUCACAGGAAGAUUUGGCGGUUGUUGUGGUCCACCUGAUGGUAGUGUUUUUUUGUGCACCACACCAGUCGCUUGGUGGAGAAUGUGGUCUCAGUAUUGACCCAAACUCUCCAGGUCGAAACCUCCGCCCUUGCGGCAAGUAGCAGAACAGCAUCCACCACUUGUUUUUAUUUCCUUCUACGUUACUGUCAGAAU